GAGUAAAUAUCCAAUUGGAUUUUACGGUGUCCCGACCGAUUCCAUUCAGUCACCGGUCGUCCGUCAACACGUAGCGUAUUCCGAGCACCUGAACGUCGUCUCCCACUGGCGAGGGAACUAACGAUCGCCGGCUAAUAGAAAUAUAGAACGUUUAGUUGAUGAACGGAAGUCGAACGUUAGUAAUUGAAAAACCUAAUUAACGUGUCUCGUGCACGACGGUGCAUUUAUUUACCGCUAUCGGCAACGAUUCGAUGUAAAAAGACGUUUUUAUCUUUGAUCCGAUCGCAGAACACUAAUCUUACGAAGAUAUGAAUCCACUUACUUUCACGAGCGUGAACGCCCGACGUCGUCCACGGUAGACUACACAUUAAACUCCAUCCGCGAUGUACAGUACUAAAGACUUACAGUAGAUGGCAUGAUUGUGGAUGAUCGUCGCGCGAAGGUGAUAUGAUAUCACAUUUUGGGAACUCGUAAUCAAUCGCGGCAAGUACAUUGCUAGCUUCACGUCCGUGCCUUAUAUACCAUCCUCGGGGCAAUAGUGUUCGACUAGUGCCUUCACUUUCACUGCGUUCAGUUUCUCGGUUCAGUUCGGCAGUUCGCCCUUUUGACAUUAUAAAUAUAAUUAUUUAUUAGUUUAAUCAUUUAUUAUGAGUUUUGAUGAAUACGAGACCAUACCAUCGUCCAAUGUGACUGAUCAUAUGAUGGCUGGUGCCAUUGCAGGAAUUAUGGAACAUUGUGUAAUGUAUCCUCUUGAUUCUGUAAAGACUCGAUUACAAGCAUUCAUGCCUUCUGGAAAUGUUGCUAAUCGAGGGAUCAGCACUGUCCUCUUUAAUAUGAUUAAGCACGAGGGAUAUUUAAGACCAAUGCGUGGUAUGGGAACAGUAAUUAUUGGUUCUGGCCCUGCUCAUGCUCUCUAUUUUGCAUCUUAUGAACAUUUAAAGCAAAAAAUUUCUCACCAAACAUCUUUGAGUAUGACAGUUUCCUCAGGUAUUGCUGGGUGUGCUUCAACUAUUAUUCAUGAUGCAAUAAUGACACCAACAGAUGUUAUUAAACAACGAUUACAAAUGUCUAACUCUCCAUACAGUGGAAUUUUAAAUUGUAUAAGUUCAGUUUGGCGAGCUGAAGGAUUAGGAGCGUUUUACCGUUCAUAUAUGGUGCAGUUAUUUAUGAAUGCUCCAUUUCAAGUAGUUCAUUUUAUGACAUAUGAGUAUUGCCAAAGUGUAUUGAAUCCAGAGAGAAUAUACAACCCUUUAUAUCACAUGCUAUCAGGAGGUAUUGCUGGUGGGCUUGCAGCUGCUAUAACAACACCAUUGGAUGUAUGCAAAACUCUGUUAAAUACUCAAACAGUUAACGCGAGAGUAGAAGGUCUAUUUCGUGCAGUAGCCACUGUAUAUACACUUGGUGGUCCUAGAGGAUUUUUCAGGGGCAUGGUAGCUCGAGUCAUAUAUCAAAUGCCAUCAACAGCUAUUUCAUGGACAACUUAUGAAUUUUUCAAGUUUAUAUUAAUAAAGAAAGCAAAAAUUUCUGAUGAUCGGCCUACACCGCCUCCACCACCUCCUCCAAUAAAUUCAACAUUAAUAAAUGAAAAAAUAACAACAAAAACUAGUGUUCGAUGUGAUUUGCCUGUAGCUUCAAGAUCACGUAUAUAUAGUCAUUAUACAAUUAGAGAUGAUGUGUCUAAAGGUCAACAAUUUUAG